AUGUUGAGGGCAAUAGCAAGGUCGAAUGUGUUCAAACAACACAGGGCUUCGUUUAAAGCUGCCAGAUUUUACGCGACCGCGAAAGUGGCACUGGAUGCAAAGUUAGAGACUCCAACGGACGUAGAAGGGGCUGCGCAGGAGUUAGCGCAAGUACGGGCGACUACAGAGCAAGUGAAGGCCUCUACGAGCAAUGCGUUGAAACAUGCGUUCCAAGAGAAGACCGGGUUUGGAACCAGACCCAUUUAUUUGGAUAUGCAGGCGACAACGCCUACGGAUCCUCGUGUCUUGGACACGAUGUUAAAAUUCUACACAGGCUUGUACGGGAAUCCGCAUUCCAACACACAUAGUUACGGAUGGGAAACACACAAAGAAGUGGAGAGUGCUCGUCAACACAUCGCGAACGUGAUCAACGCGGAUGUGAAAGAGAUAAUUUUCACGUCAGGUGCAACCGAAUCUAACAAUAUGGCGUUGAAAGGUGUAGCUCGAUUUUACAAGAAAACGAAAAAUCAUAUCAUAACCACUAGAACCGAGCACAAGUGUGUACUAGAAGCCGCACGGUCGUUGAAAAUCGAUGACAUCGACGUGACGUUUUUGAAUGUCGAUGACCAAGGUAUGGUCAACUUGGAAGAGCUGGAAUCGGCCAUCAGACCCGAAACGUGUCUUGUCUCGGUCAUGGCUGUGAACAACGAAAUUGGUGUCAUGCAACCCAUCAAGGAAAUCGGUAAGAUUUGCAGAAAACACAAGGUUUUUUUCCACACCGACGCAGCACAGGCAUACGGUAAAGUGCCCAUUGACGUCAACGACAUGAACAUCGACUUGCUUUCGAUUUCUUCUCACAAAAUUUACGGUCCUAUGGGUAUCGGUGCCAUUUUCGUACGCAGAAGGCCCAGAGUCAGACUGGAUCCAAUCAUUUCGGGAGGCGGUCAAGAGAGAGGUUUACGGUCAGGUACCCUUGCCCCUUCUCUGGUUUCCGGUUUUGGUGAGGCUGCUCGACUUAUGCAAAAGGAGUAUGCUGCCGACACUGCACACAUUCGUAGACUGUCGGAAAAACUUACAAGGGGCUUACUCUCGAUUGAGCAUACUUCAUUGAACGGGUCUCCCGAACAUCACUAUCCCGGUUGUGUGAAUGUGUCGUUCGCAUACGUCGAAGGUGAGUCAUUACUUAUGGCAUUGCGUGAUAUCGCUUUGAGCUCAGGCUCUGCCUGUACUUCUGCAUCGUUAGAACCCUCAUAUGUCCUGCAUGCAUUGGGCAAAGACGACGCAUUGGCACAUUCCUCCAUUCGUUUUGGUAUUGGUAGGUUCACCACCGACGAAGAAAUUGACUACGUGAUCAAAGCCAUAACCGAGAGAGUUGCGUUUCUACGUGAAUUGUCUCCUUUGUGGGAAAUGGUGAAGGAAGGAAUUGAUCUUAACUCCAUUGAAUGGUCUGGUCAUUGA